AGGCCGGGGGUCGUCCUGGGCAGGAUGGACGCCAGGCAUCAUGGGGAUGCUCCUGCCCACCAGUCUGGCGGAGAGGCUCCUGAGCCUGUGCAGGCAGCCACUGGGCUCCCUCUGGGACAGCCUGACUGCUCUGCUCUGCUGGCUGCAGACAGCCUUCCUGGGGCUGGGUGCUGAGGAGAGACAGCAGGGAGUGGGGCACAACCCCUGGGGGGAGCCUCACACAGAAGAGGAGGAGGAGGAGAGGGAGGAGGGGGAAGAAGGGGCUCUGUCUUUGAUCCCCACCAGCGUCAACUACCACUUCACUCGCCAAUGCAACUAUAAGUGCGGAUUCUGUUUCCACACUGCUAAGACAUCCUUUGUGCUGCCCCUGGAGGAGGCCAAGCGAGGGCUGUGGCUGCUGAAGGAAGCAGGCAUGGAGAAGAUCAACUUUUCUGGAGGAGAACCCUUUAUACACGACAGGGGAGAUUACCUGGGCCAGCUCGUGAAGUUCUGCAAGAGGGAGCUGGGCCUGCCCAGUGUGAGCAUCGUGAGCAACGGCAGCCUGAUCCGGGAGAGGUGGUUCAAGGACUACGGUGAAUAUUUGGACAUUCUCGCCAUCUCCUGUGACAGCUUCGAUGAGCAAGUGAAUGUCCUCAUUGGCCGUGGUCAAGGAAAGAAGAACCAUGUGGAAAAUCUUCAAAAGUUGAGGAUGUGGUGCAGAGACUACCGAGUAGCUUUCAAGAUCAAUUCUGUCAUUAAUCGAUUCAACGUGGAAGAGGACAUGAACAAACAGAUAAGAGCCCUGAACCCUGUCCGCUGGAAGGUCUUCCAGUGCCUCUUAAUUGAGGGUGAAAAUUCUGGAGAAGAUGCUCUGAGAGAAGCAGAAAGAUUUGUCAUCAGUGAUGAAGAGUUUGAAGAAUUCUUAGAGCGCCACAAAGACGUGUCCUGUUUGGUGCCUGAAUCUAACCAGAAGAUGAAAGACUCCUACCUCAUUUUGGAUGAAUAUAUGCGCUUUCUGAACUGCAGAAAUGGACGCAAGGACCCUUCCAAGUCCAUUCUGGAUGUUGGCGUGGAAGAAGCAAUCAAAUUCAGUGGCUUUGAUGAAAAGAUGUUUCUGAAGCGAGGAGGGAAGUACGUAUGGAGCAAGGCAGACUUGAAGUUGGACUGGUGACGCUGAGAUGCGACAGGAUUCCACGCGCUGGGGGAGAAAUGCCAGAUGCAGCCACCACCGCUGCCGUGACAAACCACUGGUCUUUCUUCUGGCCAGAAGUCUGAUUUCCUCCUGAACAACACAUCUGAUUACCUGUGGACCCAGAGUCACCUGCAGACUCCUGCAGUCUUGUGGAUAAUGCCUGCAGUCUGUGGACAAUGCAUAACCACAGCUGGUUGGCUUUGUAAAAAGCACUUCUGGUUUGAUUUUAUUUGGGUUUUCUGUUUUGUUUUAAAGGAGCAGAAUGGAAGAAUGAUAAUCAAAAGAAAGCAUACAUUAUCCACCUACUUCCAGGACCUAUAACCCACUUCACAGAUGCAUUGUGGGAAAUGAGCCCCAGCCAUCUCUAUGAGACCAGUGUCUGUGUUUGAUUUUUCCCUUUGAGUAAUUUUACUGCAAUUCCUUUGUUUUCAUCUUGAAGCUAUUAUUUUUACAGUAUUUAAAAAAAUUUCUCAGAGUCAGUUCCUUUUGAGACCAAAUAUAUACUGAGAUGCCAGCUUUCCCAUCUGGACGCAUUACCAAGUAUAUUUACCAAUAAUUUCUGUUUGUUGCAGCACUUCUUUUCUGCCUUUAUUCCACUGAAAUCUUUUAUUCAGAAGUGAAGAAAGGGUAAACAGAGAAGCUCGAGAACCACUAAAUGUGAAUAUCAUUGCUGCCAGGAGGACUUAGCACAGAGAAGAGGGAAAAGUACUUCCUGAGUGUGCACACGGUGACUGUGGCGGGAGUCCAUGCUGGGUCUCUUCCAAGAUUCCUGGCAAAACCAAGAUCCACUCUACAUCUCCUGAUGAUAAGAUAAGGGUGGUGAUGGAAGACUAUGCCAGCCCGUUACUGAGGCCACACAUGUCUGUCAAGUAAAACCAGGAGUUCUUUAGAAUAGCUGACUGUCUUCUUGUGUUGUGCAGUAACAGUGGCUAGCUAAGCACUGGAAGCUAAAGCCACAAUAUCCAGGAUUAAAGGAGAACAUGUGCCUGGGAUUUGUGCAAAUGGAGUCACAGAACCCUAUUCUAUUUCUCAAGUAAUCCUAAUCAGUGGAAAUAAGAUACAGUGUAAUAUGAAAGGACCCAGUCCCUUUUCUAGUUCUCCCAAAGAAAGAGUAAGAGAAUGUUACUUAAUCAAACUCUUCCUCUUGUUGGUCUGUUGCAUGUAGUUUAGUUACGUGUAACUAGAAACCAUCUAACUGCCUGGAAAAUAACGAUUUCCUAUCAUUGUUUUAGAGAAACAAAAGCAAUGGAAAUGUUUGUUUUGCCCCCAGCCCAGUCAUUUAAUUUAGCCGCAAUUCCAGUGGGGGUCACUAGAGGGCGCUUGGUGUCUGAUAUCAUUAAGCACCUGUGAGAAACUCCACCCGCCCUGGGGAUUGAUCCCAGUACUUUGUGUGGGACUUGGUGAAUUGAAAAGAUUUGCUUUUGUGAUUUCUUUCUCUUAUAAAACGCUUUCCAAGUUCAAUCAUUGUUAUAAUUGGCCUAUGAUUAUGGUUCCCUUCAAGACAGGAGAGCUGUGUUUUCUGUGCUUAAAAAUAAAAAAUAAACGAUUUUUCUCUGAGGGUUUUGAUAUUAUGUAGACUAUGCAGACUGUGUGUAAUCAGCUUAAACUUGAAACUUUUAGUAGAAGGGAGUGAGCUUUGAUUCCCAGUCAGACGCCAGGGGUACAGUCAGUGCGGGUUUCUCAACCUGAAGCCAAGCUGGAGUGCCCUUCAUUCUAGCUGAGGAAACUACAUCUCUCUUUCUCCUGAAGAAAACAUAUAUAAAACAAAACAAAAUGCCACUCAGGAAGUAACCCAUUCUCAGGACAUUUUCUAGCUGUUUUAUCUUCUAACCCCUCACUCUUCACACAGCAGCUUGGGAUUUGUAAGGCUUUCAAAUAGCCACCUAUCUUUUUCCUGAAUUAGAGAAAUAGGAACUUUUAGCUUCAGAGCAAACUUCAAAUGUGGAUGAGUGUUUUGUUCUGCUUUCUCAUUCUUACAUAUGACUGUGGGUUUUGUGAAACCCUUUGUAUUAGGAAAGGGAAAGGGAAAUUGACUGCAGUUUCUGAAGUGUGUACAGAAAUUGUGUGCCUAAAUCUUGCUUAAGUUAAAAUAAGAUUUAACACAUGAAGCCUAAAUAGACAGGACAAAAGGAAUUAUUUACUGCAUACCAAGUACUCAUCAUCUCUGUACUUACUGUUCAAUGACAUGGCUGUUGCUGUGUUCUUUCAAGUUUGAAUGUGAAAAGAGUCAUUUGGCUGAAAUCUCUGGAGAACGGGCUUAUGUUUUGUUUUAUCAUUGGAGUUUGGCGUCUAAUCAUUGCAUGGAACCUAAUAUGAUCGCAAUCAGAUUCCUUUCAAAAAUAGCUCAUCCUGCACCCUACCCUCUCAUGGAGAAAAAUGUGCCUAGACAGAGACCAAGCACUCAGGCUUUGAGUAAGUAUAUGAAGUUGUUUUUAGGGAAUGCACAUUUUCAUUUAGGACACUCAGGCAUAGAUCUAAUAUAUUGUAACAUUGCAUAUAUUAAAAUAUUUUUGCACCUUC